AGGCCAUCAAAAGGCCCGUUUCCCAGUUCCCGGGAAAACACUGGCCACCAUCGCCACUGUAUGGAGUUCCUACCGUCUCAGAAACAGGAGUCCUUAAGCCACCAGGGACCGAGGAUGGAGGAGACCCUCUCCGCAGCGCCUGGUGUCAGGACCGGGAGAACAGAGGCCAGCAAACGAUGGCACGUGGACUGCAAGGCCUAAAGGAAGAGUUUCCGAAGCCCUGUUGCAGGGUAUAAAACACGGCGGUGGUUCUGUGUCAACAAAGCGUUAAUCGACAUGAGGUUGGAAGGGGCCGGCUUCAGGAGGUCAGUGAACCCCCUGACACUGGGUACAAAACUUGAUCGGUGAUGCAAAGGUGCCUUUUUGGAAGGCGAGGAAUCGGAGCUGUCAUCAGCCGCUCGCGGGGGUCCAUGACCUCAAAGCAGGGAAGCCGCCGCGGGGUGUAGGAAACGCAAUACAAGGGAUAGAUAGUCGGCGAGAACAGUGCUUUACGCACCAGAAAAUACCAUCAACCGCUGUGUCCAGGGAGCCAGAGGGUCAAAGGGUCUAAGCAGCAGGAUCAUGGGAAACCACCUUGACCUUCUCUUGGGAGUGGUGCUCCUGGCUAGCCCUGCGCUUGGAAUGUCUCCCUGCUCCUCGGACGGCCGCAUCGCCUUGUAUCAUUUCUGUAACCUCACCCGGGUCCCCCAGGUUCCCAGCACCACUCAGCGCCUCCUGCUAAGCUUCAACUAUAUCCAGAACGUCACAGCCGCGUCCUUCCCCUUCCUGGAGCGGCUGGAGCUGCUGGAGCUUGGGACUCAGUUUACCUCCUUCACCGUUGACCAAGAAGCCUUCAGGAACCUGCCCAAUCUCAGGAUCUUGGACUUGGGCAAAAGUAGGAUAGGCUUCUUGCAUCCGGAUGCCUUCCAAGGGCUGCCCCGUCUGUUUGAACUCCGACUCUUUUACUGUGGUCUCUCCGAUGCUGUGUUAAAAGACGGUUAUUUCAGAAACUUGCCGUCUUUGAAUCGCCUGGACCUGUCCAAGAACGAGAUCCAUAGCCUCUCCCUUCACCCUUCGUUCCGGGAAUUAAAUUCCUUGAAGUCCAUUGACUUCUCCCUCAACGACAUACCCAUCGUAUGUGAGCAUGACCUCCAGCCCCUCCAAGGGAAAGAAUUCGCCUUUGUAGGGCUUGCUGCCAAUAACCUGUACUCCAGGGUCUCCGUGGACUGGGGGAAGUGCGGGAACCCAUUCGGAAACAUGGUCCUAGACACCCUAGAUGUUUCUAAGAACGGCUGGACCGUGGACAUCAUCAGAAACUUUGCCAGCGCCAUCAACGGCACCCAGGUCCUCUCUUUGGUUCUCGCCCGUCACAUUAUGGGUCCUGGGUUUGGCUUCCAAAACAUCAAAGAUCCUGACCGGCACACCUUCGCCGGCCUGGCCCGAAGUUCGCUGAGACACCUGGACCUUUCCCAUGGCUCCAUCUUCUCCCUGGGUUUCCGCCUCUUUGAAGCCCUCCGGGAGUUGAAGGUCCUGAACGUUGCCCACAACAAGAUAAACACGAUUGCACGGGGGGCGUUUUAUGGGCUCGACAACCUCCAAGUUCUCAAUAUGUCCUUUAACCUCCUGGGGGAACUGUACAAUCCCAACUUCUACGGGCUACCUAACGUCGCCUAUAUCGAUCUGCAAAAGAAUCACAUAGGGAUCAUUCAGGACGAGACGUUCCGGUCCCUGCAGAGACUGCAGACCCUGGACCUGCGGGACAACGCGCUGAAAACGAUUCACUUCAUCCCAAGCAUCCCUACCCUCUUCUUGGGUGGCAACAAACUGGCGACGUUGCCCAACACCAGAUUCACAGCCAACUUCGUCCAGUUGUCGGAGAACAGGCUGGAAAGGGUGGAUGAGCUCUACUUCCUUUUCCAGAUCCCUCACCUCCAGGUUCUCGUUUUAAAUCAAAACCGCCUUUCCUUGUGUGCCCCGUCGCCGUCUCGUGGCCCUUCCGGGAACCUUAGCUUAGAGCAGCUUUUCCUCGGAGAGAACAUGCUGCAGCUCGCCUGGGAGACCGGGUCCUGCUGGGAUAUCUUCAAGGGCCUGGCCCGCCUCCGACUCCUCUACUUGAACGACAACUACCUGAAUUUCCUCCCGCCAGGCGUGUUGAGCCAUCUGGUUGCCUUAAGGUUCCUUAGCCUCAAUGGCAACAGGCUGACCGCUCUCUCUCCCGGUGACUUCCCCCCUCGCUUAGAGGUGCUGGACGUGUCCAGGAACCAGCUCCUCUCCCCCGACCCCGAGGUCUUCGCAGCCCUCAGUGUCCUGGACGUCACUCACAACAAGUUCAUCUGCGAGUGUGAACUUGGCCCUUUCAUCAGGUGGCUCAAUCAAACCAACGUCACCCUAUUUGGGGCUCCUGCGGACAUGUCCUGCUCGUACCCCAGCUCCCUGCUCGGCGUGUCCCUCUACUCCCUGACCAUGGAGGGUUGCGACGAAGAGGAGAGACUCACGGCCCUCAAGUUCGCCCUUUUCGUCUUGUUCACCGUCGCGGUGACGCUGUGGCUCGUGACCGUCCUCAUCGUCACCAAGUUCCGGGGGUCUUGCUUCCUCUGUUACCAGACGGUCCAGGGGCUUGUGUUCGAGGACCACGCCAAGGCCGGAGAGCCCGACACGUACAAGUACGACGCCUACCUGUGCUUCAGUAGCAAAGACUUCGAGUGGGUCCAGAACGCGUUGCUGGCACAGCUGGACACUCAGUACAGCGCCCAGAACAGGCUCCGCCUGUGCUUCGAAGAGAGAGACUUCAUGCCGGGGGAGGACGUCCUGGCCAACAUCCACGACGCCGUGUGGAGCAGCAGGAAGGUCGUCUGUCUUGUGAGCAGACACUUCCUGAGAGACGGGUGGUGCCUGGAGGCCUUCCGCUGCGCCCAGAGCAGGAGCCUGGAGGACCUCACCGGCGCGCUCAUCGUGGUGGUGGUCGGGUCCCUGUCCCAGUUCCAGCUCAUGAAGCAGGAGUCCCUGCGAGCCUUCGUGCAGAAGCAGCAGUACCUGAGGUGGCCCGAGGACCUCCAGGAUGUCGGCUGGUUUCUUAACAAACUCUCCCAACACAUCCUUCAAAAGGAGAAGAGGAAAGACGGCGGCCGAGACGGCGACAUUCCGCUGCAGAGGAUAGCCACCCUCUCCUAGGCCCAGGCCCCUUCGACUGCCCUGGCAGAUCGCUCUUCACCUUGUGUUUGCACCGCGUCUCCACGGGGGGUCCUUUUUGAGGUUCCUUUUCCCGACGCUAAAAAAAACACAAAGCUCUUGAUUUUCGUAGCAACACGAACUGCAAAUGGAAAGGUGCAGAUCUAGAAGCUUCCAGCUGCCCCCAGAGGUCCCCGCCCUCCACCGAUGUCCUGUCGGACUCAGUAAUACCGUUCUCUCCUGUUGCAUCAACCGCAAGGUAUUUCCUAGUCGUGGGAAGGACGCCUUGAGGGAAGUGACAGCUGACGGACGCCCUUCCUCCAGCGUUCAGUUCCAGGAGGGGCCGGCCAAGGGUUCGGAGCCCUCUGUGCUCUGCGGGACAACGCGAAGUAGAAAAGAAACAGAAGCAGAGGCGCGUUGCCUGCUUCCACCGUGCGAACAGCGCCCUUGCUGGGUCAAGGUCAGGCUCUGUCUCGGGGAGACGUGGCCCCAAAGAAGCCGGGAUGAGAAUAACUAGAGGUCCUGUGGCCACAGCUCUCUUCCUGUCCUUACCUUCAGCUCCUCCAGGCAGAACGCAGGCCUGGAACUUCCUAUUGGCAGACAAUCCCCUGGAAGGGACGGGCUCGGGGUCCUCCGGGGCGCCCAGCCCCAGCGAGUGGGACAAGGCGGCUCUAUUCCUGCAUCUCGGGCACCUGGGCCAACAGCCUGGGAGGCUUGUUUGGAUUCCAGGCUCGGACGCCACCUCCGCGAGGCCUUGUUUUUCUGUCUCCCCUCGCUGCAGUGUGAUAAACGCAAUGACAUCACGUCUCCUCGGGGCCGGCCCCCCCAGGAAGCAGCUGUUACCGGACCAGCCUGCAGGCCGUGCCAAGCCCUAAGGGGUUUGCAGAAUUAAGUCACCGGUGUUGCCAUGUGCUGGUCUGAGUGGAACAAGAGGACCUUUUUGGAGAGGGACCAGGACCAACCAGGGGCCCUUCCGUGGAGGCCUCCGGCUUAGCUGUGGAGCAAAGGAGGGAACGCUGGGAUCGAAUCACCGGCUGGUGGAGGUGCCCCCUCUUGCCUGGCCCAGGCUGGAGUCCCCCAAUGAGCUGGGGCAGGAGCUCCCCGGCCUGCACCCUCCUCGGGGCAGAGACAUGCUGGUCUCUCGUCGGAAGAGAAAGCUGUCGCCGGCCAGCUGGGUGCUGCCAACCUGUUUGGAGGCCCAGAGAGAAACAUCCAUCACCUGCCUCCUGCACACCCCCACCUGGGGACGGAGCCUGCAGUGGGGGCAGGUGCCCUGUCAGCCCUCAGAGUCACCCCUGCCAGCACCUUGACCUUGGACGCCAGCCUCCGGACUGUGAGACCUCAUGCUCCUGCCACACGAGGAGCCCUGGCACCCUGCUGCCGGGGGCGUCGGCUCACCUGCUCCUUGGAGGGUCCUGGCCGGUGUCCCCGCUGGAGACGCAGCGAAGCGAAGGCCGGCACGCGGGGAGGCGGCUGAUAAGGAGCAUCGGGUGACCAGGCGCAGCCUGCAGGGCUCAGAGGGAAACCAGACUGCACUGCCCACCCCUCCGUUCCAGCGCUGAAGGCAGAGGCGUCCAGGUUCCUGGCCCUCAGGCCUGGGUUUAAAUCUG